AUGUCCGCCCCUAACAAGAUCGCCGAGUUCCCCGACGUCGAGGCCAAGCUCCAGAAGCCCACCAAACAGUCCGCCUUCGAGCGCCAGAAGGCCGAGGCCGAGGCCAAGCGGCUGCGAGAAGCCGCCGAGACCGCCGCCGUCUACGAGGACUUUGUCAAGAGCUUCGACGCCGACGACGACCAUGACGACCGCACACAGAACGAACGGGGCCCAGGCGCAUUUGGACGCCCGCCCCAGCCGAGGGGUGGCGGCUUUGGGGGAGCAGGAGGCGGGAGAAGACAUUUUGGCGCCCCGCCUGGCGCUGGCGGCAUCAAGGUCAGCGGGCCAGGAUCCCUCGGCCCUGCGCCGCCGCCCAUGAGCUUUGGCAAGAAGAGGACCUACGACGGCCUCCAGUCCAACAACGACAGGAGGAGGGAUCACUCGGCCACGGGCGCGGGACGGUUUGGUUCUGGGUUCGACGACGGCGAGCCCGGCUCGAAACCUAUUGCCAAGGCCUUCGACGCCAGCGACGACGAGGAAGAGCAUACGGGCCUGGGACGGUCCGAAGAGAAGGCCGUGGCGCGCCCGACACUGCGGCUCGCGAACCUGCCUCCCGCGACAUCCCCCGCGGCGAUCAGGGCCCUGAUCCCGACAAACCUCGCGGUGGAGGGUGUCAAGAUACUCCCCCACAACACACCGGGCGUCGCGGGCACGGAUCGCAAGUCCAUAGCCGCCAUCGUGACCCUGUCGCAAGAGACUGCAGCCUCUGAGAUCGAUGCUGCCGUCAGCGCGCUGCAGAACCGCUAUCUUGGCCUUGGAUACUACCUGUCCCUGCACCGUCACCUGUCCUCGGCGGCUAUCGCCGCCGGUUCCAUGACAAACCUGGCAUACGAGUACACCACAGCCGUCGACGGAUUCGUAUCCGAGUCCGAGUAUGAUUCCGAAUUCGACGACGAGGACGACGAGGAGCCCAAGAUCACCACCGAAGGGGCCAAGGAGCCGGACGAGGUGUUCCUCAACCCGAUCGAAAAGGCCAAGCUCGUCCACCUGCUGUCACGGCUGCCGACGACGCUAAGCAAGAUACGCAAGGGCGACAUAGCGCGUGUGACCGCGUUCGCGAUAAUGCACGCGAACCGCGGCGCCGACGAGAUAGUCGACCUGAUCCUGACGAACCUCGAGAACCCGCUCUCGUUCAGCUCCGCCAACCCGGACCAGCAGGGCGACAACCACCACCGCUCGCGCGACACAUCCCCGACGCCCAACAAGGACGCAGCGCCCGACCCGGCCGCGGCGGCAUCCCGCGACACCUCGGGGUCCAAGCUCGUGGCCCUCUACGUCAUCAGCGACAUCCUCUCGUCGUCGUCGACGAGCGGCGUCCGCCACGCCUGGCGGUACCGGCAGCUGCUGGAGGCGGCGCUGAAGGCGCGGCGGUCGUUCGAGGGGCUCGGCCGGCUCCCCGAGCGGCUCAGCUGGGGCCGGCUGCGCGCCGAGAAGUGGCGGCGCAGCAUCGGGCUCGUCCUGGGCCUGUGGGAGGGGUGGUGCGUGUUCCCCAACGACUCGCAGGAGCUGUUCGUGCGGUCGUUCGAGAGCCCGCCCGGCCUGCGCGGGGAGGGGGAGGGGCAGGGGGAGGGGGAGGGGCCCAAGGCCGAGGUGGCGAGGGGGGCCGGGGGUGGCCGCUGGAAGACGGUGGAUGCUACCGCCUCGGCUGCUGCUGCGGCGGCGGAGACGCCCGCCGCCGAGGACGAUGCUGGUGGCUCGGACGGGAGCUACGACGAGUACACGGACGACGAGGAGGCUGACAACGAGCUGCUCGCGCGGUACCACAUCGACGGGGAGCCGCUGCUCGAGGUUGACAUCGAGGGGCUUGCGCUUGAUGGUGGGGGGGAGGACGUGCGGAUGGGAGGAGGAGACGGGGCAUCAUCAUCAUCAUCCGCGCCUGGCGUGAAGCAUGAGCAGCAGGGGCAGGAGGACCCCGGCGGCGCCUCCAAGGCGGCGGCGGCGGCGGCGGCGGCGGCGGCUUCGGGUCCCGGGGGCAAGCGGAAGCGGGUUACUGCCGCGGACAUGUUUGCGGACUCUGACUCGGAUGGGAAAUAG